AUGUCUCAGCUCGCCCCCUACAAGCAAGACUUCCUCCAGGCCGCCAUCGCCGGCGAGAUCCUCAAGUUUGGCAGCUUCGAGCUCAAGUCGAAGCGCAUCUCGCCCUACUUCUUCAACGCCGGCCUCUUCCACACUGCCCGCCUCGCCGGCACCAUCGCCACUGCGUUCGCCAAGUCCAUCGCCGAGGCCCAGCAGCAGACCGGUCUCGACUUCGACAUCAUCUUUGGCCCCGCCUACAAGGGCAUCCCCCUUGCCUCGUCCAUCGCCGUCAAGCUCGGCGAGCUGGCUCCCGAGAACCUGGACCGCGUGUCGUACUCUUUUGACCGCAAGGAGGCCAAGGACCAUGGUGAGGGAGGCAACAUUGUUGGUGCUCCCCUCAAGGGCAAGAAGAUCCUGAUUGUCGACGACGUCAUCACUGCCGGCACAGCCAAGAGGGAGGCCAUUGACAAGAUCCGCAAGGAGGGCGGUAUCGUCGUUGGUAUCGUCGUUGCUCUGGACCGCAUGGAGAAGCUCCCUGCCACCGAUGGUGACGAGUCCAAGCCUGGCCCCAGUGCCAUUGGUGAGCUUCGCAAGGAGUACGGCAUCCCCAUCUUUGCGAUCCUGACCCUGGACGACAUCAUCGCCGGCAUGAAGAGCUUCGCUUCCGAGGACGACAUCAAGCGAACCGAAGAGUACCGCCUCAAGUACAAGGCCAGCGACUAA